AGCGCACCCAUUGGGCGCAAACCAGUCUAGUUUCGAUGAAAAUUGCCUCCAGGUGGCUCGAGUUUCCUUUUACAUUUUAGAGAUCAUUACUUACCACACUAAGAAGAACACGCGUGUCUGGUAGAGAAAAGAAAAGCGUUGGCGAUGGAGAGGAGAAUUUCUCCCUGGAUCCUGCUGUCUCUCGUGCUGUCAGGUGUUGAUGCCAUCAAUGUGAACAUCCCGCAAAAGUUAUACGAGUUUGCCAGAGGUGAUAACAUCACACUGCCGUGCAAAUUUGUACCCAAAGCUCCCUUGACAUCCCAGUUCGUCGUCAUCUCAUGGUAUGGUGAUGCUCCGGGCAUGGACCCUGAUGAGACCCUCAUCCUCACUUAUUAUUCUUCUGGUGAUCAAACCGACAUCAAACCGCUGUAUGAAGGCCGGGUGUCCGUGGAUGUCAAUAUUGCUACAGGAAAGGCCGACCUGAAACUUUCCUCCAUCCAGCUAGACGACAACAAAGAGUUUAGGUGUCAGGUCCAGAUUCCAAAGGAUGACGUUGGCAAGUUGGCCGCCACCACGACCCUGGUGGUGCUAGUGGCUCCAUCUACACCCAUGUGUGCGAUCAAGGGAAAUGCAGAAUAUGGAGAGAACAUCAACCUGACCUGUUUGUCUGCGGAAGGCUCCCCGCCACCCAUUUACACGUGGAAAAGUCUAGAUGUCCUGAACAAUCCUCGCCAACCCGACCCAAGAACCACCGAUAAGGGAGGCAUCCUGUCUCUAUACAACAUCUCCAAAGAGACAUCGGGAUACUACACGUGCACCUCAACAAACAAGAUCCGCUCCGCCAGCUGCAACAUCACCCUCUCAGUCCUGCCACCUUCCAUGAAAAUUGGCUCCACUGGAGCAAUCAUAGCUGGUGUCGCCGCCCUGUUGAUCGUAGUCAUCAUCGUCAUCUGUUGCUGCUACUGCCGCCGCCGCAAGAAGAAGUUUGAGGAGGAGGAACUUGCCAUGGGAGAUCGUAAGGAAGAGUACACCGAUAAAAAGCCGGAUAAAAAUGGUGUGACUCGGAUUGACGAUGGACAAGAGGACGACCGGGUUCAUGAUGACUCCAGUAUGAGGCGCCCUGUAAGCAGUGACCGCCGCGAGGAACGGAGUGAGCGCGACUACGACGACCGGCGCAGCGACUACGACGACCGGCGCAGCGACUACGACGACCGCCGCAGCGACUACGACGACCGCCGCAGCGACUACGACGACAGGCGCGAGAGGCCUGGUGACCGCAACGAGCGCUACGACGACCGCCGCUACGACGACCGCCGCUACGAUGACCGCAAGGACCGUCGCGUUGAUCAUGACGACGACCGCUAUGAUGAACCCUACGACAAACGUGAUUUCGACAGACCGGCCGUGCCAGCCAACAAGCCACCGAAGAAGGACUACCGCGACUAAGGACGCCUACUUGAGUCAACCAUCUCCUCUUAAGUCCAUUCACUCCAAUCACCGUUACCUCCCACUUGGGGUGUGUGAACUUUUAUUUUGCCUCUCGGAUUCUGUCGCGACGUGAUUGGCUAGAAAACUAACUGUACCAGAAUGAAGGAGCCUAAACUGUUGUUUUUCCUCUAACAAUUUGGUGAGUCAAACCGUUUGUGGGAGAAUUAGCGGAGGAAUGGUGACCACAAAGCCCAUCUGAUCCAUUUUGUUACAGGUACGGGUCACCAGUCACAUGCUCAGUUAAGCGCUCCGAUCUACACCGUGCCCAGGGAAAGAUAGGUAUCUUUUGUUGCGUACUCGCGUCAUACAAAUAACAGAAACUGGGCAAACAUUUCACACACCGCCAGAAUUAAAAACAAAACAAUUGUGAUUUCGAGAUUAGGUGGCGUUUUAUCUUUUGAACUUGAUUAGUUGUUUUGUUUGACUUGUUUUGCUGGUGGUGUUUUAAAAAAAUUGUAAUUCUUUUUUGGAAGAUACCUACACAAUAGAGAAAAGGUAUACCAUUUUACGUAAGGCUUUGUGGGAUUAUUUCAGUUUGACUUCUAUACUCACCUGUUUCUAUAAACAUUGACAGCUUUUAAUUUCAUUUUUUUUUUUAAAUUAGCUUCCACUUAUUGUGUGACUUGAUCGUCACAACGUCCCUCUUUUGUUCUUUAAAGUACAUAAAAAUUAUUCAAGACUUCUAACAUAUAUAACCACCUUUUGCCAUGUUACUGUCAAAUGUUCUUUUUUUAAAGUUUGAAUUAUUUUAUAGUUUUCUGUUGAAUUGGAAUUAAGAUGUACAAAUGCAAUUAUAUUAAUGUCAACAGUCACAUUCAUUGGCAUUUGUGUUUUUAUAAUCUGCUUUAAGAAUAAUGCAGAAAUAAAAUGAAUUAAAGCUGC